GCUCCAGCUCGAGGGACGCGAGCGGGCGGCGGGGCGGGUCACGAGACAGACAGGAGAGGAGGGAGGGAGGGCGGGGGCGGAGUCGCCGCCGUAGCCCCCGCCCCGGGCCGCGGUCCCGGGCCCUGCCCCGCGCGGCCCUGCCCGGCCCGCCCAGCCCCGGUGUGGCAGCGGCUCAUGGCGGCGGUGGGGCCCCCGCAGCAGCAGGUGCGGAUGGCCCACCAGCAGGUCUGGGCGGCGCUCGAAGUGGCGCUCCGGGUGCCCUGCCUCUACAUCAUCGACGCCAUCUUCAACUCCUACUACGAUUCCAGCCAAAGCCGGUUCUGCAUCGGGCUCCAGAUCUUCCUCCGGCUCCUUGGUAUAUUUGUAUCCAGUAUUGUUCUGAUCUUGUCACAGCGAUCACUUUUCAAGUUUUACAUGUACAGCUUAGCCUUUCUGUUAGCUGCAACUUCAGUGUUGGUAAAUUAUUAUGCCUCUUUGCACAUUGACUUCAAUGGUGCCCACAACACAUCAGCUUUUGGAAUUGAGCUGCUUCCUCGAAAAGGGCCCUCACUAUGGAUGGCACUCAUCGUUCUACAGCUAACAUUUGGAAUUGGAUAUAUUACACUAUUCCAAAUUCAUUCCAUCUAUUCACAAUUAAUUAUUUUGGAUCUUUUGGUUCCUGUAAUAGGCUUAAUCACAGAGCUGCCAUUACACAUCCGAGAGACUUUAGUUUUUACUUCUUCCUUGAUUCUCACAUUAAAUACAGUGCUUGUCUUGGCAGUGAAACUUAAGUGGUUUUAUUAUUCCACACGAUACGUUUAUCUUUUAGUGAGGCACAUGUAUCGAAUUUACGGAUUACAGUUAUUAAUGGAGGACACAUGGAAGAGGAUUCGUUUCCCAGAUAUACUGCGAGUCUUCUGGCUAACGAGAAUGACAGCUCAGGCCACAGUGUUAAUGUACAUUUUAAGGAUGGCAAAUGAAACUGAUUCCUUCUUUAUUUCUUGGGAUGAUUUCUGGGACCUCAUUUGCAAUCUUAUAAUUAGUGGAUGUGAUUCCACACUAACUGUACUGGGCAUGAGUGCUAUAAUUUCCUCAAUAGCCCAUUAUUUGGGCCUCGGAAUAUUGGCCUUUAUUGGAUCAACUGAAGAAGAUGACAGGCGGCUUGGCUUUGUAGCACCUGUUUUAUUUUUUAUUUUGGCUCUUCAGACUGGUUUAAGUGGGCUAAGACCAGAAGAGAGACUUAUUCGCUUAAGUAGGAACAUGUGCCUUUUAUUAACUGCAGUCCUGCAUUUCAUCCAUGGAAUGACAGACCCUGUAUUAAUGUCUCUCAGUGCCUCUCACGUGUCAUCUUUUCGUAGACAUUUUCCUGUGCUCUUUGUCUCUGCUUGUCUGUUUAUUCUUCCUGUUUUACUCAGUUACGUUCUUUGGCAUCACUAUGCACUAAAUACCUGGUUGUUUGCUGUUACAGCCUUUUGUGUGGAACUCUGCUUAAAAGUAAUUGUUUCUCUCACUGUUUAUACGUUGUUCAUGAUUGAUGGCUACUAUAAUGUCCUCUGGGAAAAGCUUGAUGAUUAUGUCUACUAUGUUCGUUCAACAGGCAAUAUUAUUGAAUUUAUAUUUGGAGUAGUAAUGUUUGGAAAUGGGGCUUAUACGAUGAUGUUCGAGUCAGGAAGUAAAAUUCGGGCUUGUAUGAUGUGUCUACAUGCAUAUUUUAACAUCUACUUACAAGCAAAAAAUGGCUGGAAGACAUUCAUGAAUCGUAGGACUGCUGUGAAGAAAAUUAAUUCACUUCCUGAAAUAAAAGGGAGCCGCUUACAAGAAAUAGAUGAUGUAUGUGCAAUCUGCUAUCAUGAGUUUACAACAUCUGCUCGUAUCACACCGUGUAAUCAUUAUUUCCAUGCACUUUGCCUUCGGAAAUGGUUGUACAUUCAAGAUACUUGUCCAAUGUGCCAUCAAAAAGUAUACAUUGAAGAUGAUAUCAAGGAUAAUUCCAAUAUAUCUAACAACAAUGGAUUUAUUGCACCCAAUGAAAAUCCAGAGGAAGUUAUGAGAGAAGCUGCUGCUGAAUCUGACAGGGACUUGAACGAAGAUGACAGUACAGAUUGUGAUGAUGAUGUUCAAAGAGAGAGAAAUGGAGUGAUUCAGCACACAGGCACAGCAGCUGAAGAAUUUAUUAAUGAUGAUACUGAUUAAAAUAGCAUUUACUAAUCAUUGAAGUAUUUGUUUAAAAUUCAGUUCAUCCAAAAUGGAGUAAUAUGCUUCACUUCAGUGUGUAACCAAGCACAAAAACAGUAUCAAUGUUGAAUCUGUGAAUGGUUUUCCGUUUACUGUGAUGUGCUACUGUAAAUAUACCUCUUUAAUUACU